GCGACCUCACAUACAAGGAAUGCUGGCGAGAGCGGUCGGGAGAUUGCGGAAGACGAGCAAUGGUAUCUCUGUUUGCCAAGGGAUAUGUCAUCCUCCUCUAGCCGCCAAGACUCCGCACAGUCCGCGAUACUGGAGCGAUCAGGAGGUUGAAGCCAGUCAGGAUCCCCUUCCCCUCUUCGUGUUCUGCCAUGCGACGAGCUUCUGCAAAGAAAUCUGGCAACCGUUUGUGGAUGAGCUUCAGAAGUUGUCUCGUGAACCCUUCAGAUGGGUCUCGUUCGAUUUCUCGUGCCAUGGAGACUCUAGAGCAGAAGCAGAUGCAAACCACUGGAAGGACUGGAAGGUUGCCAAAGAGGAUGUUUGCUCGGUCUUGAAGGAGUUUAGGGGAGAUUGCAAUAAGAUUGUUGGAGUAGGUCACAGCAUGGGUGCGACAUCCCUCGUGCUCGCCGAGCUUGAGAAUCCAGGAAUGUUUGCAACGUUGCAACUGAUGGAACCUGUCAUAUUCCCUCACCCUGAAUCUUCGAACCGGCCGGAUGCCAUAACUGAGGGGUUGAAACGAUCCGCAAUGAAGCGAAGGUCGGAAUGGUCUUCUUUCGAGGAGCUCGAGCAGUACAUGCAGACAAGAGAAGCCUUCAAAAAGUUUGAUAGCCGAGCAAUGAAGGCUUACAUCCACGGAGGGUUCAGGCAGACAGAAGACGACAAGCUCACCCUCAAGUGCCAACCGCAACAUGAAGUCAACGUGUACGCAGGUCGUCCCAACUCGGAAGAAAUGAAGUUAGAUCAGGUCAACUGCCCUGUCAACAUCUUGGCUGG